UACUUUUUUCUUUUACGCAAUAAAAUAUUCUCCCCUUCUUCCAGAAUCAAAAAGGAAAGGCAAAUUGGCCACUGUGGGACCUUCUUUUUUUCUUCUCGCUCUAGCCUUAUAAUCUCGGGUCCAGGCACUAAACGCGCGCGCGCUUUCUCUCUCUUCUUCCGUGCCGCUGUGUCUCUCCCCCUAUCUAUCUAUUCUUCACUAUAUCCUAUUCUCUCUCCCCCCAUAUCUUGAUAAUCUGAACCUCCACCACCACUUUUAAACUCAUCAGUCUCGGAUUUCAAUCUCUCCCAGACUUAUAGAGGAGAUUACUUCUUUCUCAGCACUUUAAAACGGUGCCACUUUUGAUUAUCCUCCACCCUUUGUAUCCGCCCCUCCAGUCUCGCCAUCAUGUUCGAGGACUUCUCGUUCUCCUCCCCCUCAUCCACCCGGCCUCCCCGCCUAGCGCUGGACGGAGAUGAACACCACCGCUUCACCUCCCUCGACCACGACAGCGGACUAAUCUCUCCCCUGUCCUCACGCUGUCCUUCACCGCGCUCCUCAGCCCAGCGCUUUCCCCGGAGCCUGCCUCGCUCUCGAUCCUCCUACUCCCGAGGCCAGGCUCAAGCGCCCACCUCCGUACCCUUCUCCGCGUACGAUCAAAAGCGCUUCUCCAUCAGCACCCUCACCAAGAAACUUCACGAGCACACCCUUCAGAACCAGUCGGGCUCCAUCGCCGCAGUCCCCAGCGAUGACCGCUUCCCCGAUGCGCCCAUCUCUCCGACCUCCCCAUCCGACCUCAAUUUCCCCAACAACAACAGCGCCAAAAUUUUCCCCGGCUACGUCCUCACACCCCCGGACACAGACCUGGACGAUGAGUCCCUCACCUCAGGCUCCUUAUCCCCGACCUUCCCACCACCGUCCUCCUCCCCAUACCUGAACCCCACCUCCGCCCCCGCAACAACAACAAUAACAGACACCACUACGACGCCAAUGGACCUCAUGGCGGACGAUAACGACUAUGACUACCAGGAGGAGCGAAGCUUCACCAGCACCACCGUGCGCGCCCAGCGCCAACACAUCUCGCGUCUACAAUACUGCAAUCCCACGGACUUGGAAGCCAUCCGCCUAGCCCUGAUUUCGGAAGACGAGGCCCUCCGCACCACCGUCUCACACAACUACUCCUCCACCUGUGAAGACGACUGGCACCCCAGCUCUCUCCCGCCGCAGUCCUCACCGCGCAGACGCGCCCUGACAACAUCGCGAGGUAGUCGAUUCCGCCCCGCCACAGACUCUUCAUCAUCAUCGUCGUCGCCAUACUCCUCCAAUUCUUCCUCAACAUCAUCAUGGGCAGACACUGCUCGUUCCCGAAGAAAGAGCAGCGUCAGCGCACUGCAGUUGUCACAUCGCAUCGAGAAGAGCUACCAGCUCUGCUCCACCCGGGACCUGCGGAAGAAGAGCGAGCAGGGCCUGCGACGGAAGAGUCUCGUCAGUGCGGCGCUGGCUUCGAUGGUCGAGUGAGGCCGUUGCUUUCCUGCAUAUCUAUCGGGAUAUUCAUACGCGUCAUCUGUCUAGGAAGACGAGAUGCCUUCGUCUCCUACCGGCUCCCUUUUUUUCUAUUCUUUUUUUUUUCUCCCUUCUACUUCUGGCACAUGCCGUCAUUUCUCUUUUACCUUCGACAUACUGUUUUAGUAUAUGCUUUUUCGAUUCUUCUUUUCCGAUUCUCUUGUAUCAUAUUUGAU